UUUUUCCUGCCCUGCUCCUGGAUUAUUAUUCUUUUCAGAUAUUAUUAGUCAAGCCGCCAAAGUGGAGAGUGUCGUUGCACCAGGGGGUCCUUCUCGUUUCAGCGAGUUCCUGGGGAAAACCCCAGGUUCUGGCGUUCAGAGAUGGGUACCUUCUCGAAGCACUAGACGAGAUGCGAGCUCCUCCAAUGAGAAAGGGCAAAAUGAUGCAGUCUUCAGAAAAGUGAGAGGCAUACUCAAUAAGCUGACACCUGAGAAGUUUGACAAACUAUGCCUGGAGCUUCUCAAUGUGGGCUUGGAUUCAAAACGUGUCCUGACAGGAAUCAUCCUGUUGAUUGUUGACAAAGCCCUCGAAGAGCCCAAGUACAGCCAGCUGUAUGCUCAGUUAUGUCAACGCUUGGCAGAGGAUGCACCAAACUUUGAAGGCUCAUCAACAGAAAAGCAAGCAGCACAAAAGCAGAAUAAUACCUUCAGAAGGCUUUUGAUUUCUAAGCUUCAAGAUGAGUUUGAGAACCGCUCCAAGAGUGUUGAACUCUUUGAGAAGCAUGAAAGCCCACUCACCCCAGACGAGGAGGAGCAGCGUGCUAUUGCAAAGAUCAAGAUGCUGGGUAACAUCAAAUUCAUUGGAGAACUUGGGAAACUUAACCUCAUCCACGAAUCUAUCCUUCAUAAGUGCAUCAAAACACUGCUGGAUAAAAAGAAAAGAAUCCUACUCAAGGAUAUGGGUGAAGAUCUGGAAUGCCUCUGUCAGAUAAUGAGAACAGUCGGACCUAAACUUGAUCAUGACAAGGCUAAAUCUUUGAUGGAUCAGUAUUUUUCACGAAUGCAUUCCCUGGCAAACAAUAAGGAACUGCCAGCUAGGAUUCGCUUUCUGCUGCAGAACAUAGUUGAGCUGAGAGAAAACAACUGGGCACCUCGCAAAGCUCAGGUGGACAAUGGACCAAAGACUAUCAGUCAAGUCCGUCAGGAAGCAAUUAAGGAUUUAGGGGUUUUCAUUCCACCUCCAAAUGAUGGGAUGAGAAAUGAGUUCUUCAUGGAGAAUUCUUCUUUCCUGCCCACAAGGAUCAAGUUUGACAGAGAAACUCUUGGUGGACUGGCUGAUAUGUUUGGACAAAUGCCUGGCUCAGGCAUAGGUACAGGUCCAGGGGUUAUCCAAGACCACUACUCCCCUACCAUGGGACGUCAUCGCACCAACCCACACUACAAUGGUCACAUUGUGAAUGGUAAUGGUGCACACCAGCCUCAGUUUGAAUCAGGCAGCAAGCCAUUCAUCAAGCAAAACCAGGGGCAGCAUUCACCUGUUUUCAGUCAUAAGCAGAAUCACUCAGUGCAGAUGCAGUCUAAAGAUAUGGCUCCACGAUUCAGCAAGAAAGGGAAGGUCAACGCUGAUGAGAUCAGUCUGAGACCAGCACAGUCCUUCAUUUUAAAUAAGAAACAAGUGCCGAAGCUGCAGCCGCAAAUGACUAUGAUUCCUCCAAGUGCCCAAGGCCCCUUACUGGGACAGGCUCCACAGCUUGGCUUGAAAAUCAACCCUCCUCCUAUUCAGGAAAAACCUGCCAAGUCAAACAAAAAAGCUCCUCCCACAAAGGAAGAGUUGCGCAAAAUGACAGAAACAGUGAUUGCAGAUUACCUGAACAACAAGAACAUUAAAGAGGCAGUGAAUGCUGUGAAAGAGAUGAAGGCUCCUAAACACUUCUUAUCUGAGAUGCUGAACAAGAUCGUGGUCUUUUCCCUCGAUCGAUCAGAUGAGGAUAAGGAGCAUACAAGCACCCUGGUCCACACUCUCUGCACAGAAGGCCUUGUCUCCAGUGAAAACCUGAUGCAGGCUUUUUUGAGUGUCCUGGACCAGUGUCCUAAGAUUGAGGAAGAAGUCCCACUGGUGAAGUCUUACCUGGCCCAGUUUGCAGCACGGGCAAUCAUUGCAGACUUGGUCAGCAUCGCAGACCUGGCCCACCAGCUGGAGAACGGAGCACAUUUCCCCCUGUUUUUGCUCUGCCUGCAGCAGAUGGUCAAACUGAAUGAUCGUGAGUGGCUGACUGACCUGUUCCAGCAGAGCAAGGUUAACAUGCAGAAGAUGCUACCUGAAAUCGACCAGAACAAGGACAGAAUGCUGGAGAUCCUGGAGGGCAAAGGUCUCAGCUUUUUGUUCCCUCUCAUGAAACUGGAGAAGGAGCUGCUGAAGCAAAUUAAAGUGGACCCCUCUCCACAGUCCAUAUACAAGUGGAUCAAAGACAACAUCUCUCCUAAACUGCAUGUUGACAAAGGCUUUGUCAACAUCCUUAUGACCAGCUUUUUGCAGUAUAUUGCUUAUGAGAUCAACCCUGAUGAUGAUGAAGAGCAGCUUGCAGCACCCAGCAAGGAGCAGCUGGAUGAGGAGAAGCAGUUGCUUCAGUCUUUCAAACCAGUGAUGCUGAAGUUUCUACACGAUCACAUAGAUCUGCAAGUCAGCGCGCUGUAUGCUCUGCAGGUCCACUGCAAUGCCAAGGGCUUUCCUAAAGGCAUGUUACUGCGCUACUUUGUCAACUUUUACGACAUGGAAAUAAUUGAAGAGGAAGCCUUUAUUUCAUGGAAGGAAGAUGUCACCCAAGAGUAUCCAGGGAAGGGAAAAGCAUUAUUUCAGGUGAACCAGUGGCUGACUUGGCUGGAGACUGCAGAAGAAGAAGAGUCAGAUGGUGAAGAUUACUGAGGGAAAGGCCAAAGCCAUUUAUCAGGAUGCAAUGUUUUUUUUUUUUUGUCUUGUUUUUUGUAAUUUUCUUUUUCUCCUUUUGCCCUCCCUUGUCUUAAAGAAACUCCCUUCUUCCCUUGUUAAACUUUUCAACCACUGUUACAGUUCAUUCCACUUUGAACGGUUCUGCCAGCAUCACUAUCCCACCGUAUUCAUGCUUUACUUUCUAAUUUUCAGUCCUUAUUGAUAAUUCUGCAGCAGGUGUUUUAUGCAUUUCAAUCAUCUUCGGUCAUGUAUUUUUUUUUUUAACAGUAGGACAGGAAAACUGUACCAGCACCUAAACCUGACACGUCGUUUCACUUUGUACAUCUGGUAAGAGUCACCAAGUGCUGCCAUUAACCUAAAAACUGUUUACAAAAGACAAAAGGCUCAAAUGUAUUGCAAAGAGCCUUGUCUCAUUUUUUAAUCUGCAUUUGUUUAUCAGUUUUUAAAUGCACUUUGCUCUACAUCAUGAGUCGUUGCAAUAGUAAGACACACUUUCUUUGAUUUGUUGGAACAAUCCUAAGUUGCGGUUUUUCUUGCACUUAAAAGCAGACUUUAUUGUUUGAUCAUUCAUAAUCUGGAUUUGAAGGUGUCGAACAAUAGUGGCCUGGUUUUAUUUGCAGUGUGAUUUCAGUUACCUGCAUUUUGUUUAAUGAAUCAAGAGCUUUUUUUAAUGUAGAAAACUUUUGUGCUGUUAAGAGUGAAUCUGUGUGGCCUUUUUUUUAAUUUAUCGAUUCAUAUGGAUAUACCUCUAAUGUAUCUCGGACUAUACUUGAAUGUCUCGAUUAUAAACUUUGAGACAGCCAAAGCUUGGUUUCCCGUGCUACAGUUAAUCACCACUACAUGUGGAGAUUUUAUGUCUGUUUGCCAUAUUUGUCAAGUUUUUAAAUGGUCUUUUAUUAUCUUCAUGAAAUUAUACACAGUGCCCUGUAUGUGUACACCUAAAACUUUACUAGGAGUGUCACUGUUAUGUAUAAGUGCAGAAGUCGUGUGUACAACUACAGAGCAAGCUUUAAUAAAGUUUAACGGUUUA